CCUCCACUCACUGGCCAUACAUCCUCCUGCUUUUCUGGCCGCACUGCACACCGCUCGUCUCUUUCAUUCGUCUAUUUGCAUUGGACUUUGCCUUUGGAUACAGUAUUGGAUCUUUUUCGCAGAGCUUGCUGUGUGCUCGCGGCUCCUCAGAGACCAAAACUAAAAAAGGAUGGUCAGUCAGCACAAGUGUUGGGAAGCUUUUCCAUUUUCGCUGCCAACCUUUUAAUCGCCGUGGGGCGAAAAUAAAACCUUGCUGACAGUGGAAUUAGUCCACAUCGUUCUUUCUUCCCCCCCCACCUCUUUCUUCUCCGUCUCCCUCUCCGAUAUGCAAUUAUUGUGCGCCGAUGGAGGUGACGUUCAUCGGAAUUGAUGCCAAAUACUAAACAGUGCGAUCUGCGUGUGAGAUCUAGGCGAUAUCUGCGGAGCUGGGAGAAGUUUGACUGCGCAUCGUCUUGUGUGGUAAGCGUUGGCAACUGCGGCUCAGCGCCGGUGCAGCAGAGCGUUGUUACAGGCCAGUGUACAGUAGAUGUAGCGGGACGUGUGGGCAUGGGAGAAGAAUAGGCUACAGUAGUGUAUAGCAGGGGUCUGCCGCUGCAGCUGGAAGGGGUCCUGCACCGCGGACGGGGGUGAUGAAAGCCGGAGAGAGAGAGGUAUUGACACUUUCCCUCCAACUGAAGGGAAUUGAGACGGCGUGUAGGGAUGGGAGUGCAUGGAUGAGUCGUGAAUGAAGGGGAUUGCAGUGGAAGGAAUGGGCGAUGGAAUGUGCUACAGCUUUGCAAUGAGACGUCUGUGGGUCUGUGUCUUGCUUGUGAGCAUCACCUGCCGUCCGAGCCUCUCCCAGGAUGUAACUGGAACUCCCAAAGAGGCAGAAUUAAAUGACAAUAUUACCAUCUUCACACGCAUCCUGGACGGACUGCUGGAUGGCUAUGACAACAGACUCCGCCCUGGACUGGGAGAGAAGGUGACAGAGAUCAAAACCAACAUCUUUGUUACAAGCUUUGGUCCAGUCUCUGACACUGAAAUGGAAUACACUAUUGACGUGUUCUUCCGUCAAAGCUGGAAAGAUGAAAGACUUUGCUUCAAAGGCCCAAUGGAGAUGCUUGCCCUGAAUAAUCUCCUGGCCAGUAACAUCUGGACUCCGGACACCUUCUUCCUCAACGGGAAGAAAUCCAUCGCACAUAAUAUGACCACACCUAACAAGCUACUGCGGCUGAAAGAUGAUGGGAGUCUGCUCUACACCAUGAGACUGACUAUAUCAGCAGAAUGCCCCAUGCAACUGGAGGAUUUCCCGAUGGAUGCCCAUGCAUGUCCCCUUAAAUUUGGAAGCUAUGCGUAUCCAGUCUCGGAGGUGGUGUACACGUGGACGAAGGGAGCAGCCAAGUCAGUGGUGGUGGCAGAGGAAGGCUCCCGGCUCAACCAGUACCAUCUGAUUGGUCAGACUGCAGGGACAGAGGACAUCUACACCAGUCGAGGUCAAUACACCGUGAUGAUGGCUCACUUUUACCUCAAGAGGAAGAUCGGCUACUUUGUCAUCCAGACCUACAUGCCUUGCUUCAUGACUGUAAUCCUGUCACAGGUUUCCUUUUGGCUCAACCGGGAGUCUGUGCCAGCACGGACUGUCUUUGGUGUGACCACAGUGCUCACCAUGACCACUCUCAGCAUCAGCGCUCGAAACUCGCUGCCUAAAGUGGCUUACGCUACUGCCAUGGACUGGUUCAUAGCAGUGUGUUACGCCUUUGUCUUCUCCGCACUCAUCGAGUUUGCCACAGUUAACUACUUCACCAAGAGGAGCUGGGCCUGGGAUGGAAAAAAGGCAAUGGAAGCCCAACAGCCCAAGAAGAAAGACCCUUUGGCUCUGUCUAAAAAGCCCAACAACACCUGUUCGGCCGGUGUGAAUUAUACAACCAACCUUACGAAGGACACAUCCAUCUCUACCAUUUCAAAUAGCACAGCUGUUCAGCUCAAACCCUCUGAAACCAAGGCCCCAGACCCCAAAAAGACUUACAACAGUGUGAGCAAGAUUGACAAGAUGUCCAGAAUAGUGUUCCCGGUGCUGUUUGGGACCUUCAACCUGGUGUACUGGGCCACGUAUCUCAAUAGGGAAGCAGUGAUCAAAGGAGCAGUUUAAGCUCUGCGAUCAGGAUCAUUCAUCGUCCUGACAGCCACUUCAGGAUUUCAUAACUGGAACGCAAUACUAAUCAAUGCCACUUAGUCCUUGUAUCAUAGAUGUGUGUGUUUUUUUAGGUCCUUGGAUAACAUUGCAUGUCUGUCGCUUCAGGAAAACGUUUCCUUGAGUUUGUACAUGUACGAUAUAUGACUUUUCCUAACAGACAGUUUCUCAUUUUAAAUCUCCAGUCACUGAUUAGUUUCUGCCAAAUUCAGAUGUUUCACAAUGUUAGCAUUUGGCAUUCAUAUUUUCUCCUUGCGUCUACAGUAGAUGAUGGUACAGCAAGGCCAAAUGUUAUGCAAAACAAAAUUUUUACCGUGCCAUUACUCGAAAGCAGCUUUGACUUUUGUGACUCUUACUUUGUACAAAUGGGCUGGAGGUCCAGGUAUGCGAGGCUGGGCCCAGGCCCAUGGGACUUUGCUUCCUUGUUAAAAGCAGAUGAAUAGCCAUGCUAAAUGUGUUGCCUUCAGAGUGUGAUAGCUCAUUAUGAAUGCACUGAAAUCUCCUGUUACUUCUUCAGAAGCCAGAUUUAAAACUUUCAUUAAAUCAUGUUGUGUUUCUUUUUUGCUGCUUUUCUCUCAGUUUUGAAUGGCCAGUUUUUUCAUAAAUGUAAUUUUCAAAUGGGGACAGAUUUCGAGCUAAAGUGAUACAGUGGCAGCUUCUGUUUCCAGGUCCCCAUGUUGAGAAUCCUGUAUGUGUACGUAUGGUCGUAGUUUAAGAAACAUGUAUAUAUGCCCUGCUUUUAAAAAAAAAAGUACCACUUAAGGUUAGCUUCUAUGUUAUGCGUAUACAGCAACACAGUGUUACUCUAGUCUAGUGCUUCAUUGACUGGAUAUUGAGAAAUGAGCAGAAUAGCUUGAGCUUUAGCAAUGUUGACAGAAUAUACAAUGCUUUUUCAGAACAUUUUGUUUUUUGAUCAGUUUGUCGUUUCUAUAAGCUUUGAUGAUAACUCGAAAAUAUUCUUGAUCAAUAUUUGGAUGCUUUGAGCAGGAUCACUUUUUGUCAUAAUUUAGAGUAACCGCUGUAGUUAGGAGACUGACUUGAGUCGAUCAGGUUGUCAGGCUAAUCAAAGAGACAGAAAGUCACAAUGACAGGAUUAUUCCAUUUUGACCAAUAUCGUUUUUCAAUCACGAUAUGUUAUUUUUUAGUUGUCAUUAAAUGAGUGUUAAAUUAAAGGAAUAAUUUGACAUAUUGGGAAAUUUGCUUUCUUGCCAAGAGUCAGAUGACAAGAUUGCUACCACUCUCAUAUGUCUAUACGGCAAAUAUGAAGCUACUGCCAGAAACAGAUUAGCUUAGCACAAAGACUGAACACAGACAAUUCACUUAGAAUUCUUUUUCUCUUAUUACUUCUUUGUCGAGAUUUAAAUUAUCCUGUACACUCAAUAUGAAGCUACAGCCAGACGCCAGUUAGCUUAGCUUAGCAUAAAAACGGAAACAGAAAUGUGCCUACCAACCUCGUAAACACGUUGCAUCUCGUUUGUUUAAUAUAUAAAAAGACACCAGCUAUGUGUAAGUUAAAACAUAGCUUUAGUUUGAUGUAGUGAAGGAGUUACGCUGUAACAUUGUAAAACAUACGAGUAGGGCUGGGUUUCGUUAAAAAGAUUCCGAUACCGGUAACGAUACCAAUACCGAGACUUCGCUACCGGUUCCUAAACGAUUCAAUACCAAUUUUAUAAAGAAAAAAGAAAUGACAACAUUAUUAACGUUAUUUUUCAGCUCCUAUGUGAGCCGUGUCUCUGCGUGUAACGUAGAGUGUUUCCUGCGUGUCUCUACGGUGGAAGCAUGCUGCGUGCUUAUUGGCUCACUGACGCUGAUUAGAUUUACUCAGGGCUAUAACAUAACCAUAAGUCUGCUCUAUUAAAAAAAAUUAUAUUUAUAAAAUAACCCAAAACAGCUAGCCUGACAUGGUCAUACUCAGAUUCUAGUCAGAAUGUGAGUCUGAAACCUCUCCAUUUGGGCUGUGAUUACGGGGCGUGUUCCAUCCCGAACCAGGAAAGAAAAUGCCUCUGCAUUCAUUGGAUAGACCUACAACCAAUCAGAGCAACAGAACUCAACAACUGUCAACAGAACUCAACACCGUGUAUCGUCUCCAUAGCUACCACU